CUCGCGAGAAGACAGCUAACGUCACUAGUGUGUGUGUUUGUAGCAGUUACUGUACCUUUCAUCAGUUUGGCCAUAGAUUCUCAAAAUGGACACAGAUAAUGCAGGACAACCCUCACAAUAGAAAGAAAGCUCCUGCACUCCGGUACCGAGCCUUGCUACAGCGAGGAUGUUCCCCAGCCUGGCCCACCGACCAUGGCACGUCUUCUGCAGGUUCUCGCUGCAGCACAGGGCUCCUCUGUCCCAGCGGCCCCGGAGACCCCAGAUCUGCUACGGUUGGCAGACUGGAGGCAUACAUAACUUGUGGUUCAGCCUUCCAGACUGCCGUGUUGCCUCUCUAGGGCUAGGCAAGGUACAGUAUUACUCUACCUCCGGGAACAGUAAAGAUGGUCCCCCUAAACCACCAUCAGGUGAUGCUCCAUCAGCAGAAAAGGUCCUGGCUGCUGCUGCUAAAGCCACCCAGGCUUCUCAAGCACCAGGAGAUGCUCCUGAUUUGAAACUGAAGGGGCUGACUAAAGCGGAGACAAUUCAAGUGAAAGUUCGGGCGGUCCUGAAGAAAAGGGAAUAUGGAGCCAAGUACACACAGAACAACUUCAUCACAGCCGUCAGAGCCAUGAAUGAAUUCUGCCUCAAACCAAGUGAUCUGGAACAGCUUCGAAAGAUCAGAAGACGCAGUCCCCACGACGACACGGAGGCGUUCACUGUCUUCCUGCGAUCAGACGUGGAGACCAAGGCGAUGGAGGUCUGGGGAAGCCAUGAAGCCCUCGCCAGAGAGAGGAAUCUCAGGAAAGAAGUGGAGAGAGAGUACCAAGAGAAUAUUUUUCGGAAUCAACAGUUGUUGAAGGAAUACAAAGACUUCUGGGGAAACACAAAGCCUCGAUCAGGCCAGAGGGCAACUUUCCUCCAAGGGCCGGGGAAGGUGGUCAUGGUCGCUAUUUGCAUCAACGGGCUGAACUUCUUCUUCAAGCUCCUGGCCUGGGUCUACACUGGAUCAGCGAGCAUGUUCUCAGAGGCCAUCCACUCUCUGGCCGACACCUGCAACCAGGCUCUGCUGGCGCUGGGAAUCAGCCAGUCGGUCCGCAACCCCGACGCCGGCCACCCGUACGGUUUCUCCAACAUGCGCUACAUCGCCUCCCUCAUCAGCGGCGUCGGCAUCUUCAUGAUGGGGGCCGGCCUCUCCUGGUACCACGGCAUCAUGGGGCUGCUGCACCCAGAGCCCAUUGAGUCCUUGUUAUGGGCGUACUGUAUCCUGGCAGGCUCGCUGGUGUCUGAAGGAGCCACAUUAUUAGUAGCCAUCAAUGAGAUAAAGCGGAGCGCCCAACGGACUGGACUCUCUUUUUAUGAAUAUGUAAUGCAGAGCAGAGACCCCAGCACUAACGUGGUGCUGCUGGAGGACGCUGCUGCUGUGUUAGGAGUCAUCAUGGCCGCCAGCUGCAUGGGCCUCACCUCACUCACAGGUAACCCGUACUACGACAGCCUGGGCUCGCUGGGCGUUGGGACUCUGCUGGGCGCCGUCUCAGCCUUCCUCAUCUACACCAACACUGAGGCUCUGCUGGGCCGAUCCAUACAGGCCGAACGGGUCCAGAAGCUCACCGAGUUCCUGGAGAACGACCCUGCAGUCAGAGCCAUCCAUGACGUGAAGGCGACUGAUAUGGGACUGAGCAAAGUUCGCUUCAAGGCGGAGGUCGACUUUGAUGGUCGCGUGGUGACUCGGUCUUAUCUGGAAAAACAAGACAUUGACCAAAUCCUCAAUGACAUUCAGCAGGUGAAGACCCCCGAGGAGCUGGAGAACUUCAUGCUGAAACACGGGGAGAACAUCAUCGACACGCUGGGGGCCGAAGUGGACCGCCUGGAGAAAGAGCUCAAGCAACGUAACCCAGAGGUUCGUCAUGUAGACCUGGAGAUCCUUUAACAGCUGACAGCUCUCUGCUGAGGGAACAUCCUGCUGGAACUAGAAGAGGAAAAGGUGAAAGGAGGGCCGAGCCCACCUCCCUCUCUGCCUCCACCAUCCCUCCAUCAUCCCCCCACCACCACAAUAACAAUAACAAUAACAAACCUCCAUCUGCUCAAGUCUUACUGUAGAAAACUCCACAAGCAUAGGAAGCUUCUAGAACUCUACACAGAGCCACUCUGAGACUAAGAACUCUCAUUAGUCUGCUUCAAUUUAAAAAGAGAGAUUUAAGUCUCUGCUGCAGCACACACACACACACACACACACACACACACACACACACACACACACACACACACACACACACACACACCUCUACAACAGUUGAGUCUUGAAGUCACAUUCCAGCAGGAAUGUGUUUGGAUUCAGUUAAAUCAUGAAAAGCUAAAUGUGGGAACAGGACCAGUAUAUUUCCUAGAGUCGUACGUUAAUGUGAUGCUUGAACCACAGUGAUAGUGUUUCCUUCACUAGGACAACAGGAAACUACAUAUUCAAACUAUGUUUAUUUAACAGAUAGACAAUAAUAGAUGUUGUUUUUCUUUUCAUGUAAAAACUUCAAAGGAACUGAAGAUUGCACGAUGCUGCCGCAGCUUCUCUAUGAAGACACUUUGUGAUGAUGACUAGGUUUUUAUGCAACUUAAAACUAGUAAAAAAUACAAAUUAAAA